UCCUUUAUUAGAUCCUCACAGUGACGCAAUUGCCCAGCGUCUUAAAAAAUAUUCAAAACAGCAGUCAGUCUGAUUGUUUAGUAUUUUCGCAGUAUUUUCUGUCGGAGAAUAUUAUUAUUAUGGCAUUGGAAACGGUCCCUAAAGACCUUCGCCAUCUGCGUGCGUGUCUUCUCUGUUCUCUAGUGAAGACCAUCGACCAGUUUGAAUACGACGGUUGCGACAACUGCGAGUCUUACCUUCAGAUGAAAGGAAACCGAGAGAUGGUUUAUGAAUGUACAAGUUCUUCGUUUGAUGGCGUUAUAGCCAUGAUGAGUCCUGAAGACAGUUGGGUUGCUAAAUGGCAGAGAAUAGGCAACUUCAAGCCAGGUGUAUACGCAGUAUCUGUGACGGGUCGACUACCUCCAGGUGUGGUGAGGGAGCUGAAAAGCAGAGGAGUGAUGUACAAAUCCAGAGACACAGCAGUGAAGUCAUAACUCUGACUGUCUCCAGUUUAUGUUUUCAGAGCUGUACCACACUGCAGCACCACUGCUGUGAAGUCUUUGUGAUCUGAUGGUUUUUUUUUUUUUCAUGUAAUAUGAAAUAUUGACAUGGAUGAUUAGAGAAAAUCAAAAGUGGAUCUUUCCUAUUCCUUUGACUAACAGAAAAAUAAAGGUCUGUUUUAUAAGAUACUUGA